GGUGUCAGUCAGUGCUCUCGAAACCGCGACGGGCGAAAAUCACCGGCUGACGUCUUCGCGAACACACCACGUGUCCCCGAUAAGGGGCCAUAUCAUCGUGCACGUGCACCAGUGGUCCUGUACACACUAUUGUCAGGAUUCACCCAGCAUACAAGUGUUACCUAACAUGAUUUUAAAAAUGUGAUCGACGCUCUUUGCUCCAAAUGAAUGAAGACGAACGAGCGACGUUACUUUAAUGGUUAUUAGCUGCUUAAAAUAUCAUUAAUGUGAUUAAGAUGAAGUUCCAAGAUGAAAUCUGGGCGGUAAGACCGCCGUUCUUACAUCUAAAAGCCCAUUGCGGUUAUAUCCGCAACUUAGCUCCAUCUGUCGCUGGAGUUACAGAAUGGGCGUAGAGUGGGACAAGGGCGGCAGCAGCCCCCGCUGAGUCAUGCAGCGGCUCAGGACCACGUUUAAACGGUCCCGAACUCCGACUGGUGCCGAAAUGAAGACUCAAAGCAGUCUGGAGGUGCCCAAGCAGGUGCGCUCUGCCUCUUUCGACGAGAUUCAGUUGGAGGCGAAGCGACUGCAAUCGGGGGGUCAGUCGACCGACCCUUCGGCGCUUCUCAGAGUGCCCCAGUUCCCCGGACAGCGUUCGAGGAGUGUCGAUUCGGGAGGUAGCGAAGAAUCCGGCAAUUUCCUCGAAGUACCGGCGCGACGAUUUCAACGGCGCCGCUCCUCAAGCAGCAAAAGUCCGGUCUGUGUGCACUGCGUUUGCUUGGAGGAGUACGCCAAACUACAUCCGGCGGAAGAACAGCCGCCGGAACCGCCGGACGAGUUGCCGCUACCCACUUCCAGCAUCAGCGACUCCUCCAGCGAAUGCGAAGAAGAAGUCCUCCCAGAAUGCUCCAUCACAGUCACUCUCUCCCCCAUACUACCUCCCCCUCCCAUCCAAUCCCCACCACCGCUUCCUGCAUCCCCUGUCAUCGAAUUUUUCCCAACUGAAGAUGUCCAAACACCGACCACGCCAACAAGGCGGAAAUCAAUUCACCGUCAAGAAGCUUUUUUCGCCGAACCAACUGGAACCUCUUUGGAGAAUAUGUCAGAUGGUCCGUCUGAACUGUACUCAGAGGGGACAUCGGAAGGAGCACUGUCUGAAGGGGACGCUGUUAACGCCACCAUACCGGGCUUGGUAGUCCGAGAUAUUUACUUGCAAGUCCCUGACUUGAAACGCGACAGAGCUGCGUCUGUUGAUUCGUGUUUUUCGAAAGUCUCGCAAGGAAAAACCGAGGAGUUACAACAUUCCGGGGUUAGUUUGGAGGUGCCAGUGGGGCCAAAUGUGGCUUUACGGUCACGGUCUGUGGAUAUCGUAUUGCCAACAGAUGAACAUGCCAGGUACAAGGCCUUGGCUAUGGCCGCAGCGCCUGGCACUUCUUCGUCUUAUUACAAGGGGAAAGUUGUCGGCGAUGUUGGAGAAAGGGUCCUCCGGAGUACUCCGGACUGGGGCGAAACUGCAAUCAACGGUGAUCAUUUAUGGGUUCCCACAUCGGUCUCGGGUGACUUUUGCUACAUCGGAGAUAUGGACUGCACGAAACACGGUGCCCGGAUGAAGUGUUCCGCUUGUAAUGUGGUCGCGCACCAGAAUUGCAUCGGGAUCUUGAUGGAUAAGAUGCGAUUUACAUGCAAGCCUACGUUCCGUGAUGUGGGAGUUAGACAGUACAGAGAACAGACCUCCAUCCAUCACCAUUGGGUCCACCGACGGUCAGAGAAGGGUAAAUGUCGACAAUGCGGCAAGUCAUUCCAGUCCAAGUUAUCGUUUAGUUCGAAAGAAAUAGUCGCAAUUAGUUGUUCGUGGUGCAAGGCUGCUUAUCACAAUAAGGACACCUGCUUUAAUAUGCAACGAAUAGGCGAGGAGUGCAAUUUAGGUGUUCAUCGCAGCAUUGUGGUUCCUCCUUCGUGGAUCGUGAAACUGCCUCGCAAAGGAAGUUUCAAGUCAAGUCUGAGAAAAUCUCCGAAGAAACGGGCUUCCAGCAAGCGAAAAACCAAGGAAAAGGAUAAAGAGCACAGAACGUUCGCCAUCAAGCCGAUCCCCACAACCAACGUAACGCCCGUCAUAGUGUUCAUCAACCCUAAGUCCGGGGGUAACCAAGGAUCAAAGUUGCUCCAGAAAUUCCAGUGGUUGUUGAAUCCGCGACAGGUGUUUGACUUGACACAGGGCGGUCCCAAGAUGGGUCUCGAACUGUUCAAGAAAGUACCUAAUCUACGUGUUCUUGCCUGCGGCGGAGAUGGAACCGUUGGUUGGGUUUUAAGUGUUAUCGACCAAAUCGGGAUCUCUCCUGCUCCAGCGGUCGGCGUUCUUCCUCUAGGAACAGGAAAUGAUCUGGCAAGGGCGCUCGGAUGGGGUGGGGGUUAUACGGAUGAACCAAUAUCGAAAAUCCUGUCCAAUAUUAGCGCUAGCGAGACUGUGUUAUUAGAUAGGUGGUCUUUAGAGGUUGAGAAGAACCCGAACGCUGAGGCUAACGAAGGCGGCAAGGAUAAUUUGCCUCUCAACGUUGUAAAUAAUUAUUAUUCAUUAGGUGUCGAUGCUCAUAUUGCCUUAGAAUUCCACGAAGCUCGAGAAGCUCAUCCCGAAAAAUUCAAUUCUAGAUUAAGGAACAAAAUGUUUUAUGGCCAGAUGGGCGGCAAAGACUUGCUCAAGCGAAAGUGGAAGGGUUUAGCUGAUUUCGUCACGUUAGAAUGCGACGGCAAAGACCUAACACCCAAACUGAAAGAGCUUAAAGUACACGCGAUUGUCUUCUUAAACAUUCCAAGUUAUGGUGGGGGAACAAGGCCCUGGAACCGAUCCAUGGGCACGUGUGAGCCAAGCACUGACGACGGUUUGAUUGAAGUCGUCGGUUUGACAACAUAUCAGCUUCCUUUGCUACAAGCUGGAGGCCACGGUACUUGCAUUACGCAAUGUAGGUCGGCAAAAAUCGUAACAUCCAAAACAAUACCCAUGCAAGUGGAUGGGGAAGCUUGCAAAUUAAACCCUUCGAUCAUAAAUCUUUCACUGUUAAAUAAAGCUCCAAUGCUGGCAAAGCGGAAGUGUGGCAAACCCAACGUACCGCAAACUGCUCUCGACAAUCUGAAAAUUUGUGUUCAUAGAAUUAGCAUGGCUGACUAUGAACAGCACCACUAUGACAAGGAUCUAUUAGCUCAAGCGGCAAUAAGCGUUGGUACAAUCGAAGUUAACCCAAUCUGGGAUUUGGAACAAGUGAGAGCGUUAAUUAACAAAUUUAUAGAAGACUGCAAAGACCAGCAAAAAAUCCACCCCGAGUGGUGUUUUUUAGACUCAUGUACAGCUGAACGGUUCUUCCGCAUCGACAAGGCCCAAGAAAACCUUCAUUACGUGCUGGAUAUCGCGGUCGAUAACUUAUACAUUUUGGAAUGCGGAGGUGGAACUGUUCCUCAAACUCCCGAAGACGAAACAGCCACACCGUCUCCCAGUUCUAUUAAUCAAACAUCGUACAUUAUUCCAGAAAUGCGCGUUAGUGAUGAAGGCAGCCUGGAUUCGCCGAGCGAUCAACCACCGAUGAGUCCAAAAAUCCUGCAAUCUCCGGAAGAAUUUCCCAGCGAGACAAUUGCGGAAGAGAACCGCAACGGCGACAAGCAAUUAGCGCGCAUUUCCCCCGACGCUAGCGUGAAAAUAAGAAGCAUCACUGAGAGACUGUUUGGUUUAUCUCAAGAAUCUUACAGUGUCUAUAGGGACUUGCCACAAAAGCCGAACGAAGCUCUCUUAAAAGCCGCCAAAGUGGGGGACUUGAAAACAGUCAAGGAAUUACACAGUCAGGGCUACUCUCUACUUACCAAAGACCCAGCCGGCCAAACAAUGUUGCAUUACGCCUCACGGUAUGGCCACAAAGAUAUUGUUAAAUACUUACUCCAGCACGCCCCACCUUCAAUUCUGAAUAUCAAAGACGUGAACUUAGGACAAACGGCGCUUCAUAAAGCAGCAGCGUACAAGUGGCGCAGUAUUUGUUGUAUGUUAGUCGCCGGAGGCGCAGCUUUGGAUAUUACAGAUCGUCGAGGUUUAACUCCGAGAUUAUUAGCGUUACAAUCCGACGAUCACGAUUUGGCUGCAUACCUCGAAAGUCAGGAACACUUUCAGUUGGUGUCCUCCAGUUUAGGGACUGUUGUAUGAAACGAGCAAUAAUUGUAUUAAAUUUUCCUGUCACUGGUUUCUCUAAAAUUGCCUUACUACUUGUAUUCAAAAUUGCUAAUGUAUGAUUGUACCUAAAAUACUACAAAUGUGAUAAUACUAAAGUUAAGCUUUUUUAUUAUUUUUUUAUUUAUUUGUUUCAUUAUUGUUUGUUUGAUAAAGUUAGUUAAAGUGUUAUAUUUUUUCACUAGAACGUAUUCUUCCAGGAGGAGAACAAUCAUAAAGUAUUGUAAAUAAGCGAUAAGUGUUUAAAGUUAUUGACAAACAUAUCACUCAUGACAUUCCUGUAAAGUUUGUAGACGUAAGUGUGUUGAAUAAUUUGUUACGUUUUGAUCUGUUGAAUCAUUUGCUUGAGGAAAUUCGAACACAGGGCAAUAAAUUAGAUUCGAUGUGUCUAGCAUAUUAUCCAUAAAUGUUAUACUCUUUUAUUAAAUUGUUACGUUUUACGUGUACAUAAGUACUGCAACGAAUUUCAAUAUUUCCCGAAAAGACAAUCUGUAAAUGUGAAAUAAAUAGUUGUUGUAAGUGCUGUCAUGUAUUAAUAGUUGUAUACAUUUUUGUCUCUUUGAAAGUUUUAUUAUUCGAUUUUUGAACUGCAUUAAGCAUCUAGGAUUUGAAAUAUUAACAGUAAUAGUGUGUAAAUAUGUAGCCAUUAGGCAUCACUCUGUAGAUAAUCUAGUCUUAUAGUGAUACAACUGCAGAAAUUUAUAUAAAGUGCGUUAACAACUUUUUACAAAUUUCUGCAAUUACGAUGAGUAAAUCAAUGCCUUACGAACUUUGAGUUUUUUAACAGAAUAGUCAAUACGUAGCUAGUUUCGUCACUAGAAUACUCUAUUUAUAUUUUUAGUCUAUUUUAUCUUUUAUCAAUAUUAUCUCCUAGAAUCUUUGCUUUUUUUAAUUUUAUCAAUUCACGUUGUUGGUAGAUUUUACUUAACAUCGGUUCCAUUCAAGAUGGAAUAAUCUCGCUCGAUAUUCUUUCACUAGUUACUAUGAAAAUGUGAUUGAAACUAAAUGUACAUAAAUAUUUAUGUAAUUACUUCUUGUAAAUUUAAUCUAGUCUUUACAGGUGUAAGUUGUAGCAGUAGUUGAGGGAACAUUCUUACAAUGAUAGUAGAUAUAAACCACAUUUUUGCCAUUUAAACACCACUCAGUCAGUUCAGUUGAUUGCAGUUUAUUGGAAAUAAAAUUACCUGCAUACGUACGGUUUUAUUUACCUUACGUUACGUGAACAACUUGUAAAUACACCUGAACAUUGUGACUAGUAUUAAAUUAGGUAGAGUUUAAUGACUUGUUAUCUAGUUAUUUCAUAUUAAUCUGACACCAAAAACGAAGUAUAAAAUUAUUGAUUAACAACGUAUUUGCACGUACCCAGAGUUUUAAACCUAGGAAUAAUUAUGCAACGAAUCUGGCCCAGACAAUACUCACUUUGGGCCAGUUUCGUCUUUAUAUUACGCUGCCUCGGAACUAAUUUCGUGUUAAUGCGAUAUUAUAGGGUUUUUAUAAUCAAUGUCGAGGAAAUUAGCCACAUUCACGCUCUAUAUUAUCAAUUUAACCACGAAUUUUUUGGUCAAUUAUUUGGUUGAGUGAGGAUUUUUUUAACCUGUCCAUUUAGGUAACUAAGGGUCCAAGCAUGUGUCUAGGUCUAUUUUAAAAAAUUCCAUUUUAUGUGGUAAAACGUAUUGGGCCAGUUGUAAAUUUGCAAAGUUUUCUCCAACCUCAUACCGAGCACUGUUUGUAGCACAGUUUGCAAAGGGUUUCUAUAGCACCAUGACCACGCCAUAUUUUUGUAAUUACACAAGCAAAGAUGUUUUAAUAAUAUUGUAAAGUCUCUUAUUGUAAAUCGUGUAAAAUGGCUGAGAUUUAACUUCGAUUUGAUCAUUUUCUAUGCCUAACUAUGUAUUAUAAUAUUAUCAAAUAUAAAUAUAUUUAAGAA